GGUCUGUGUCUCAAGAGAUUAUACUCUUCUCCCUGAUCAUUCAACACGAAAGGGUGGGAAAGGACAAAAUUCAAAUUCAGAUUGGACACAGACCUUUGCAUGCCUCACUCUAAUAUCAACCAGUUUUUCGCUAAGACAUGCUUGUCAAAGUGGAAUAAUGUCAGCAUUUUUGUAAAAUUCAUAUACAACGAAAGUCAUUCGACAACACCAAAACAAGUGUUAGAUAUGUAUAAUCGGAAUCGUUUUGACAUCAUUUCAGCCAAAGACACUAAAAAUAAUGUCAUGCAAUAUGUCCGUGAUAUCAUUGUAAAAAUAGAACGAAAUGUUCGAAAAUCAUCGGGAUACGUUAUUAAAUGUAAGAAGAUCAGGGCAAAACAAAGGUAAUUUUAACGAAUAAAACGCGAGAAGAUUUUCAAACCGCAAAAACAAAUGAUUGAAUGAACCAGAAAUCCCUAGUUUGUGAUAUUGAUUUCAUUCUUUCAUAGGAUUGGAAUAAUGAGGUU